UUUUAUUUCAAUUCUUCAUUAUAAAUAAUGACCGAAGUUGUAAUGUCGGACAUAUAGUAACCUCAGAAUCGAACAAGACCCUCUAUAAGAUCUCACAUCCCAUCCCAAUCGAAUAUAUUGCUUGAACUUUUGAGGAAUAUAGAGGGAGAAUAGAGAGAGGAUGGGUAGAAGUCCUACAGGGGGGAUAAUUAGAGGAACUUGGACUGCUACUGAAGACAAAAUUCUUACAGCAUAUGUUAGAAAUUAUGGUGAAGGGAACUGGGCUAGGGUUCCAAAGGAAACAGGUCUGAAGAGAUGUGGCAAGAGUUGCAGGCUUCGUUGGCUGAAUUAUCUAAAACCAGAUGUUAAAAGAGGAAACAUUAGCCCAGAUGAAGAAGAUCUCAUUAUUAGGCUUCACAAGCUCUUAGGCAACAGAUGGGCUUUAAUAGCUGGAAGGAUUCCAGGUCGGACGGACAAUGAGAUCAAGAAUUACUGGAAUUCAACCUUGAAAAGAAAGGUACAAGCUAACGAUCAAAAACAGCCUAGAAGAGGGAAUAAAGACACAAAAAAACAAACCAGAAAGACCUCAACAGGAUUGAAUAAGGCGGCACCAUGCACAAACAGUAGUCUUCCUUCACCACCAGUCUUGGCUGAAAAUAUAGAGACUGAUCAGAUUCUCACAGCAUCCUCCAUUGAAGAAGGAACCUUGGAAAAAUAUCUGAUAGAAAAUCCCAACUCAAAUGAUGAGCUCUUGCUAUUUACUAACGAUAAUGAUGUGCCUUGCAACUUCUUGAUGGAUCUUGAUAUGGGGCAGAUGAGCUUCUCUGAUUUUCUCCAAACUGAUAUCUUCUCAGAUAGCAAUAACAUGCUUGUUAAUGGGCCUGCACCUUCUUAUCCAGAUGAAGCUUCUUUGUUCCCCGAGGCUAUGCUGCAGAAUUGGAUAUGUGAGGAUGGCUUUGAACUUGAACUGGCUAUGGGUCCUUGAUCAACGAUCACUGCUUUCUUUCUUGUCAAUUCAAGGCGAUUAAUAAGCAUGUCUUCUGCUUCUUCUUCUUCUUUAUCAUUAUCCUUUCUUGUUCCAGGUUAUUGAGAUUAAAUAAGGGGAGCAGAGUUCGCUCAUAUAUAUAUUCCCUUUGCCUGUUUCCAUUUUUCUCAGCAUUUGAACAUAAGAAUUCCAAUUAGAAUAAGUUGAAUGGUCCCUGUAUGGAAGAAACGGCAUGCUUUUAACUGGAACACAAAUUUCUAAUUUCGAACUGUAGUCUUUUCAAUCUCAA